GUUGCAGAGAGUCCAAUGGCGACCAAGUAGUUGCUGAAAAUACUGCAAAGAUAGCAUCCAACAAGAAAGCAAUACAAUGGAACUUCCUUUCAACUUCUUUGCUUUCUCUCUGUUCUUAGCCUUUGUUUUAACUUUGAUCAAGGGAAUCAAGAGAUCAAAAGAACCCCAGAAACUACCACCAUCUCCUUGGAAACUACCUAUUAUUGGUCAUAUGCAUCAUUUAAUAGGCUCCCCACCACAUCAUGCUCUCAGAAAAUUAGCUCAAAAUUAUGGACCCCUAAUGCACAUUCAGCUGGGUGAAAUGUCUUCGAUUGUGGUAACUUCACCGGGUUUGGCGAAGGAGAUCAUGAAAACUCAUGAUCUUGCCUUUGCAGACCGCGGAGAAUUUCUAUCUGGAAAGAUCAUAUGCUACAAUUGUUCAGACAUCGCUUGCUGUCGAUAUGGUGACUACUGGAGACAAAUGCGUAAAAUAUGCACCUUGGAACUCCUUAGUGCUAAAAGUGUCCGAUCAUUUGCCUCUGUUCGCCAAGAUGAGGCUUUGCAUCUGAUAUCAUCGAUUAAGGUUCUUGCUGGUGCUCGAGAACCAAUCGAUUUUACAGAAAAAGUGUCCUCAUACACCAGUUCCGUGGUUUGCAGAGCAGCAUUUGGGAAAGUAAGCAAAGAUGAUCAUGUUGCAUUCUUACAGCUACUCAAAGAAGUAACUCGCCUAACAAGUGCCUUCGAUAUUUCUGAUCUGUUUCCAUCAUUCAAGAUUCUUCAUUUUCUCCUUUCAGCGGAAACUAAACUUCUUAACAUCCACCACAAGGUAGAUAAAGUUUUGGAUAAGAUAAUCAAUCAGCAUCUUGAAAACCUAUCAGAAAGAAAAACAUCCACAGGUGAAUACGGCCAUGAAGAUUUAAUUGACGUCCUAUUACGAGUUCAAGGAAGUGAUGAACUCCAAUUUCCAAUUACCAACAACAAUAUCAAAGCUGUUAUUAUUAAUAUAUUUGCAGCAGGGAAUGAGACUUCAUCCGUAACACUGGACUGGGCGAUGUCCGAAAUGAUUAGAAAUCCAGGUGUGAUGGCUAAGGCACAGAGUGAAAUAAGGAAUGCUUUCAGAGGAAAAAACUCAAUUGAAGAAACUGAUAUUCAACAACUGCAAUACCUAAAGUUAGUGAUUAAAGAAACUCUGAGGCUACACCCUCCUGCCCCUUUGUUGCUUCCAAGAGAGUGUAGGGUGGCAUGUGAAAUUGAUGGAUACAUCAUCCCUGCCAGAACAAGAGUGUUGGUCAAUGCCUGGGCAAUUGGAAGAGACCCUGAGUAUUGGGAUGAUCCAGAAUGUUUCAAACCAGAGAGAUUUGCAAACAGUUCCAUUGAUUUCAAUGGAACUCACUUUGAGUAUCUCCCAUUUGGUGCAGGAAGGAGAAUUUGUGCAGGGAUUUCAUUUGGUUUGGCCAAUGUUGAGCUUCCUUUAGCUCUUUUGCUCUAUCAUUUCGAUUGGAAUCUCCCAAGUGGCCUCAAUUCCAGUGAUUUAGACAUGAAAGAGACUGUUGGGAUAGCUACAUCAAGAUCAGACAAUCUUUGCUUGAAGGCCACUUUAUAUGAUCCAUGAUAUAUCCUUGGUUCCACAAACCAAAUUUUGUAUACAAACUAAAGCUUGAAUUGGUAAUAUCUGCAGAUGCUGCCGUCCUCUUUGACAACAAGCAAGUUCAACUUGAUGGUUUUGUGACUAUAUUAUGAUAAUCAUCUUUCGAUAAUAUUCUUAGCCUCUUUUUUGAGCAAACUUCUUUAUGAUUACAUAUAAAACAAAUACCAAGUGUG